UCAUCAUCAGCUGGCACGAGUGUCAGCCGAGCUCGCGAGAACGUGCCAGAAGUAAAAAAGCUCAGACGCGCUGCCGUUCGAAGCCAUCGCUCGAUUACACAGGACCGGGUGCUGUUUUCCGAGAUGGGAAUCCCGUUGUCGCGGACCUUGCGCGGCCCUCCAAAAACCCGGGUGGUCAAAUGGCCGGCACCCGAUCGCGAGGUCGCGCCCCUCGAGACGCUCAACGAACUGCUCGAGUACAAGGAGCAGCCCUUUCUGUGCGCCGUGGAACCGCUCUCGGAGGCCGUCAAGCGCGGUAGGCCUGGCGAACCGCGGACCAUCUUCUGCCACGACAUGGGCGGCGGCUACAGGGAGGACAGAUUCAUUUAUGGCUGCGAAGAGAGCAACGGGUACCGGUUUCACCACUGGCAAAUAAUUGACACGUUCAUCUAUUACUCCCACCACAUGGUCACCAUCCCUCCUCCGGGUUGGAUUUCAGCAGCCCACAAGCACGGUGUCAAGGUUCUAGGAACUUUCAUCCUAGGCGAGGAGGACAUCAAGACUAUCAACAGGGUCAGAGGCUCCGGUCUCGUGCCCCAGGUGGCCGCGCAGCUGGCGCGCGUCGCAUCCAUGGGCUGGUUCGACGGAUGGCUCAUCAGCAUCGGGUGCAAAGUGGACGCCAGCUGCGUUCCAUUCCUGAAGGACUUGCUGAGGACCACCACCACAGAAACGCACAAGGCUGUGCCGGGCUCGCUCGUCAUCUGGUACGAUGCCGUCGACAUCGACGGAAUGUCGGAGCCACAGAACGAGCUCAACCGGAAAAACUCGUGCUUCCUGGACCUGUGCGACGGCAUCUUCCUCAACUUCCGCUGGACUGAAGUCAUGCUCCGGAAGUCGGCGCAAAUCGCAGGCGACCGCAAAGCCGACGUCUACGCCGGGGUCGACGUCUACGCGCGCGGCACUUCCUACCCUGGUGGCUACGAAAUGUACAAGGCUGUCCAGCUUGCUCGUAGAUGUGGCUUGUCGGCUGCUGUGUUUGCGGCCGCCUGGGUCUACGAGACGCAAGAAAAGAAGAAUUUCGGGAAAAACCAGUAUCGGCUUUGGAACUUUCCGGAUGACUGCUGCUCUGAAUUUCGCCUCACCAAGCUACCACUGUCCACAUGUUUUUGUCAAGGUUUUGGAAAACAGACAUUCGCCGAUGGCGAGAGAGUGUCCAGACGAACGUGGUUCAACUUGCACAAGCAGCAGCUGCAGCCUCGGGACCAGGGAAACGCACUGUGCGACACCUGCUGUUCGGUAAAGUUGCACACGGACGACGCCUACAACGGUGGCGGCAGCCUGCGCGUGCUCUUCAAACGAAACCGUCAUUUCCCGGACGCGAAGCCUUACAUAAGGUUGUUUGGUUGCGAAUUUCCUCUGGGAUCCCUCGCGGUGAGCUACACCUUCAAAAACAUCAGCUCCUGCAUCACAGUUGGCCAGGACAUCGCGCUCGUUUUGAAGGCUAAGAAUGUAGCAGGAGAGACGGAGGAGAUCUUUCUGGGCCUGACGGUUGGUCUACCGGACGGUGACAACUACACAGUGACUACAGAGACCAUCAAACCACCCGAUGCCAGCCAGGCGGUGCCGGGGACUUACUGGCUUACCAGGAAAUACCUUCUGGAGGACCUUCGGGGUGCAGGCGGGGCCAUUCUGGAGGAGAUUGGCCUCCACUUUUUCUGCAUUGGAACGGAGGCGAAUGUUUGCCUGCUGGGCCAAUUGGACGUCACGAGGCCAGCCCGUGCGAACGCAGCUUCCAGUGACGACAGCAGCAGCAGCGAUGGCGAACCAGAGAAGAAGCGGCAGCGGGAAGAGCGUUACGGCCUUGACACAAUGGAGGCCGAGUAAUAUAAUUAGUGUUAUUUACGAAG